UUUUCUGUUUGUAAAAACAAGACACUCUUUAGCCUGUAUUUAGAAACAAAUGCAUGAAAGCCAUCUGGAUGCUCCAAGGUCCAUCUCUGGAUUUUGGCAGCACAGUAGUUCCUGCAAAGGUGCAAAAUAAUUAUCAAUGAUUGGUAAAUAUCUUCCUCCUGGCCUAGAUUGGCCAGACAUGCAGUUUUAUUAUCUAACAGUCUCCUUUGCCCUCUGUGCGGCAGCCUUUGCAAGGCAUAAUGUGUUCAGAUUGACCUGGGCGUCUCUUCAUUGGUAGGAGGACUCCUGCCAUUUAUAUGAAUUUGAAGGAUGUUGUUUUUAUUUAUUUUUGCAGUAUACAUGUUUCAGUGAAACAUUUAAAUUCUUGUCCUUUAUUUAGUUUUUACUCUCCAAUCGUUCAACUAAUUUACUCUUAAUCCUGGCUUGCAGAUAAAUUAGUUUGACCAGGUCCUCAGAUGCUAAGAAGUAAAAUUAGAGCCAUCUGAGGAGCUAUCUGUAAAAACAGCAGACACCUGGUAUGUUAAGUAUCAGAGGGGUAGCCAUGUUAGUCUGAAUCUGUAAAAAGCAACAGAGAGUCCUGUGACACCUUUAAGACUAACAGAUGUGACCAUGCAUUUAUCCAUGUUAUAAAAUAGGGCUAAGGUCCUAUCUGCACUACACGUUGGCACAAUUUUGGACCUGGGUUAGUGUUCCACUUUGUUGCACACAAUUUACGUAACUACCUAUGUUUGUAACAUAAAUGGGCAUGCUGAUUUUCCUGACUCCAUUGUCGUGUAUGGAAUUUAGUGAUGGUAACCACUUACUGAGUUGGAUCUACAAUAGGGAUUUGCACCAGUGUAACUACAUUGAGGUAGUCCUCAUGUAGACAGGACUCUAAUUAACAAAGCUGACAUUUAAAUUGCCACCCUUUGACUUCCUGCUAAACUGAGUUUACAUGUCUGAGAGCAAGUGUUUCACAGACCAUCUGCACGCUCUAGAAGAUAGCACUGCAUCAAAUAACAUUUGAGAGAUUUUUCCCCAAAUCAUAAAGGCUAGAAACAUUUUAUAUUGCCAACAUUAAUCUCUGCAGAAUUUUAUAUUGCUCUAGGGGUCAGAGGAAUGCAAGAAGCAGUCUGCAUGCUAAAAAGAAUGACCGGAAUGCUCAGAUUUCAAAAGAGGGAGAGGAGCGCCCAUAAACUUUGGUGAAUUGAGGGCAUCAAGAACACUUCAGAUCUCUUGUGCUCCCUUGCACUGAGGUGGUUGUCGUCAGCUGCUGUGGGAGAGACUUGGAACCCUGAACUUGGAUCAUUGCAGUUCGUUUUGGAGGUGGAUAGCUACUCAGAUUGCAGCGAUUACAAGAGUGCUAAGAGCCCACUUCGGAGUCACUAUGGAGGAGUCCUCCCCUACCACGAAGCCCCUGGAGCUGAACCUGCACUCUCAUUUCAUCCUUGGCUCUGUGUCUGAGGAUAACUCAGAGGAUGAGACGAGCUCCUUGGUGAAACUUGAUCUGCUUGAGGAGAAAGAGAGGUCUCUGUCUCCUGUGUCUGUCUGUUCAGAUUCCCUUUCAGACCCAGGACUGUCUAAUGUUCAAGAUGGCCUGGCUAGUCAUAUAAGGCCCAGUAUGUCCGGCUUGCACCUUGUAAAGCAAGGCCGGGACAGGAAGAAAGUUGAUCUACAGCGGGAUUUCACUGUGGCCUCCCCUGCAGAAUUUGUUACUCGUUUUGGGGGGAAUAAAGUUAUCGAGAAGGUCCUUAUUGCCAAUAAUGGGAUUGCGGCAGUGAAAUGUAUGAGAUCCAUCCGACGCUGGUCCUAUGAGAUGUUUCGAAAUGAGCGUGCGAUCCGGUUUGUCGUCAUGGUGACUCCUGAAGAUCUGAAAGCGAAUGCAGAGUACAUUAAAAUGGCAGAUCACUAUGUCCCAGUGCCAGGAGGAACAAACAACAAUAACUAUGCAAAUGUGGAACUCAUUCUCGAUAUUGCUAAACGAAUUCCAGUGCAGGCAGUGUGGGCUGGCUGGGGGCAUGCCUCCGAGAACCCCAAACUACCAGAACUUCUCCACAAAAAUGGAAUUGCCUUCAUGGGGCCCCCAAGCCAGGCUAUGUGGGCUUUAGGAGAUAAAAUUGCAUCCUCGAUAGUGGCCCAAACCGCAGGCAUCCCAACUCUCCCGUGGAGCGGCAGUGGCCUCCGAGUGGACUGGCAGGAGAAUGACCCUCAGAAGCGCAUCUUAAAUGUGCCCCAGGAGCUGUAUGAAAAAGGCUACGUGAAAGAUGUGGAUGACGGGUUGCUGGCAGCUGAAAAAGUUGGCUACCCAGUCAUGAUCAAGGCCUCUGAAGGAGGAGGAGGAAAAGGCAUCAGGAAAGUUAACAAUGCAGAUGACUUCCCCAACCUCUUUAGACAGGUUCAAGCUGAAGUGCCAGGCUCACCGAUCUUUGUGAUGAGACUAGCCAAGCAGUCUCGCCACCUGGAGGUGCAGAUCCUUGCGGAUCAGUACGGCAAUGCCAUCUCCCUUUUUGGCCGUGACUGCUCAGUGCAGCGCAGGCACCAGAAGAUCAUCGAAGAGGCUCCUGCAACUAUUGCUACCUCAGUGGUGUUUGAGCAUAUGGAACAGUGUGCAGUGAAGCUCGCCAAGAUGGUGGGGUAUGUGAGUGCCGGGACAGUGGAAUACCUCUACAGCCAGGAUGGCAGCUUCUACUUCCUGGAGCUGAAUCCCCGGCUGCAGGUGGAGCACCCCUGCACAGAGAUGGUGGCUGACGUCAACCUGCCUGCAGCACAGUUACAGAUUGCCAUGGGGAUUCCCCUCCAUAGGAUCAAAGAUAUCCGAGUAAUGUAUGGCGUGUCUCCUUGGGGAGAUGUACCCAUUGACUUUGAGAACUCAGCCCACGUCCCCUGUCCACGGGGCCAUGUGAUCGCUGCUCGUAUUACCAGUGAAAAUCCAGAUGAGGGUUUUAAGCCCAGCUCUGGAACAGUCCAGGAACUGAAUUUCCGCAGCAAUAAGAACGUCUGGGGCUAUUUCAGUGUCGCUGCUGCAGGGGGGCUUCACGAAUUUGCUGACUCUCAGUUUGGUCACUGCUUCUCUUGGGGAGAGAACCGUGAGGAGGCCAUCUCAAACAUGGUGGUGGCUUUGAAGGAACUGUCCAUCCGAGGGGAUUUCCGAACCACGGUUGAGUACUUGAUUAAACUGCUGGAGACAGAAAGCUUCCAGCAGAACAGCAUUGACACUGGCUGGUUGGACAGGCUCAUUGCUGAGAAAGUGCAGGCAGAGAGGCCUGACACCAUGCUGGGGGUAGUGUGUGGGGCUCUGCAUGUGGCUGACGUGAGCUUCCGGAACAGCGUCUCCAACUUCCUGCACUCUCUGGAAAGAGGUCAGGUCCUGCCUGCUCAUACACUGCUGAAUACCGUGGAUGUUGAACUCAUCUAUGAUGGAAAGAAGUACGUGCUAAAGGUGACCCGUCAGUCUCCCAAUUCCUAUGUGGUCGUCAUGAACAACUCUUACGUGGAGGUUGAGGUACACCGAUUGAGUGACGGAGGGCUGCUCUUAUCUUAUGAUGGCAGCAGCUACACAACCUACAUGAAAGAAGAAGUGGACAGGUACCGCAUCACCAUAGGUAACAAGACCUGCGUGUUUGAGAAGGAAAAUGAUCCGUCUCUCCUUCGCUCACCCUCGGCUGGGAAGCUCAUCCAGUAUGUGGUGGAGGAUGGGGGACAUGUGUUCUCGGGCCAGUGCUUUGCUGAAAUUGAGGUGAUGAAGAUGGUGAUGACGCUGACGGCGGCAGAAUCCGGCUGCAUCCACUAUGUCAAACGCCCCGGGGCAGCGCUGGACCCUGGCUGUGUCAUUGCUAAACUGCAGCUGGAUGAUCCCAGCAGGGUUCAGCAGGCCGAUCUGCACACAGGCACCUUACCACAGAUCCACAGCACAGCUCUCCGAGGCGAGAAGCUCCAUCGCGUCUUUCAUUGUGUCCUCGAUAAUCUGGUCAAUGUGAUGAAUGGUUACUGCCUGCCAGAGCCCUACUUCAGCAUCAAGGUGAAGGACUGGGUUGAGCGGCUAAUGAAGACCCUGAGAGACCCAUCUUUGCCUCUCCUGGAGCUUCAGGACAUCAUGACUAGUGUCUCUGGGCGGAUCCCACCCAAUGUGGAGAAGUCCAUCAAGAAGGAGAUGGCCCAGUAUGCUAGCAACAUUACAUCGGUCCUUUGCCAGUUUCCCAGCCAGCAGAUCGCCAACAUCUUGGACAGCCACGCAGCCACACUGAACCGCAAGUCUGAGCGCGAGGUCUUCUUCAUGAACACCCAGAGCAUCGUGCAGCUGGUGCAACGGUAUCGGAGUGGUAUUCGAGGCCACAUGAAGGCUGUGGUGAUGGAUCUGCUCCGUCAGUACCUAAAGGUGGAGACUCAGUUCCAGCAUGGUCACUAUGACAAGUGUGUCUUUGCCCUUCGGGAAGAGAACAAAAGUGACAUGAAUGCUGUGUUGAACUACAUCUUCUCUCAUGCUCAAGUUACCAAGAAGAACCUCCUCGUAACGAUGCUCAUUGAUCAGCUGUGUGGCCGAGACCCCACCUUGACAGAUGAAUUAAUUAAUAUUCUAACCGAGCUGACCCAGCUCAGCAAGACUACCAAUGCAAAAGUGGCCCUGCGAGCACGUCAGGUUCUCAUUGCUUCCCAUUUGCCAUCAUACGAGCUGCGUCACAACCAGGUGGAGUCCAUCUUCCUGUCAGCCAUUGACAUGUACGGACACCAGUUCUGCAUUGAGAACUUACAGAAACUCAUUCUGUCCGAAACAUCCAUCUUUGAUGUGCUACCAAAUUUUUUCUACCAUAGUAACCAGGUGGUGCGAAUGGCAGCUCUGGAGGUGUACGUUCGAAGGGCGUACAUCGCCUAUGAGUUGAACAGUGUCCAGCAUCGCCAGCUGAAGGACAACACUUGUGUUGUGGAAUUCCAGUUCAUGCUACCCACCUCGCAUCCAAACAGAGGGAACAUCCCCACGUUAAACAGAAUGUCCUUUUCCUCCAACCUCAAUCAUUACGGGAUGGUCCAUGUAGCAAGUGUGAGUGAUGUGCUGCUGGACAACUCGUUCACUCCACCAUGCCAACGGAUGGGCGGAAUGGUCUCCUUCCGGACUUUUGAAGAGUUUGUCAGAAUCUUUGAUGAAGUGAUGGGUUGCUUCUGUGACUCUCCUCCGCAAAGCCCAACCUUUCCUGAAGCUGGCCACACUUCCUUGUAUGAUGAAGAUAAGAGUGCCCGAGAGGAGCCCAUUCACAUACUGAACAUUGCCAUUAAGACUGACUGUGACAUUGAUGAUGAUGGGCUGGCGGCUAUGUUCAGGGAGUUCACACAAAGCAAGAAAUCAGUCCUGAUUGAUCAUGGGAUUCGAAGGCUGACGUUCCUUGUAGCACAAAAGGAUUUCAGGAAACAGGUCAACUAUGAGGUGGAUCAAAGAUUUCAUAGGGAAUUCCCUAAAUUUUUCACAUUCCGUGCCAGGGAUAAGUUUGAAGAAGAUAGGAUCUAUCGUCAUCUGGAGCCAGCUCUGGCUUUCCAGUUAGAGCUGAACCGAAUGCGAAACUUUGAUCUCACUGCCAUUCCGUGUGCCAACCACAAAAUGCACCUGUACCUGGGAGCAGCUAAAGUUGAAGUGGGCACUGAGGUGACAGACUACAGGUUCUUCGUGAGGGCUAUUAUAAGGCAUUCAGACCUGGUUACCAAGGAGGCCUCCUUUGAGUAUCUGCAGAAUGAAGGGGAGCGCUUGCUCUUGGAAGCCAUGGAUGAGCUGGAGGUGGCCUUUAAUAACACCAAUGUGCGCACUGACUGCAACCACAUCUUCUUAAACUUUGUGCCUACUGUCAUCAUGGAUCCAUCUAAGAUUGAAGAGUCCGUGCGGAGCAUGGUGAUGCGCUAUGGAAGCCGCCUUUGGAAACUCCGUGUCCUCCAAGCAGAGCUGAAAAUUAACAUUCGCUUGACGCCAACUGGAAAGGCAAUUCCCAUCCGUCUCUUCCUGACCAAUGAAUCCGGCUAUUACUUGGACAUCAGCUUGUACAAGGAGGUGACGGACUCCAGGACCGCACAGGUAAAGCUCCAUGCAGGCAUGGAAAUUAUGUUCCAGGCAUACGGAGAUAAACAGGGCCCACUUCAUGGCAUGCUGAUCAACACCCCAUAUGUGACAAAAGAUCUGCUCCAGUCCAAGAGAUUCCAGGCACAAUCUUUAGGGACGACGUAUAUCUAUGACAUCCCUGAGAUGUUCCGGCAGUCUCUGAUUAAACUCUGGGAUUCUAUGAGUGAAUAUGCAUUGCUCCCAACACUACCAUUGCCUUCUGAUAUGCUAACGUAUACUGAACUGGUACUGGAUGAUCAAGGUCAGCUGGUGCAUAUGAACAGGCUGCCAGGAGGAAAUGAGAUUGGCAUGGUGGCUUGGAAAAUUACCCUCAAGAGCCCUGAGUGCCCAGAUGGCCGUGAUAUCAUAGUCAUUGGCAAUGACAUUACGUACCGAAUAGGGUCCUUUGGGCCCCAAGAGGACCUGCUGUUCCUUAGGGCUUCUGAACUUGCUCGAACAGAGGGUAUCCCACGAAUUUAUGUGGCUGCCAACAGUGGAGCGAGGAUUGGUUUGGCUGAGGAGAUUCGUCACAUGUUUCAUGUUGCCUGGGAAGACCCCAAUGACCCUUAUAAAGGUUAUAAAUACUUGUACCUAACGCCUCAAGAUUAUAAGAAAGUGAGUGCCCUGAACUCCGUUCAUUGUGAGCAUGUGGAAGACGAAGGAGAAUCCAGGUAUAAGAUAACCGAUAUUAUUGGGAAGGAAGAAGGACUUGGAGUGGAGAACCUCCGAGGAUCUGGGAUGAUUGCAGGAGAAUCAUCAUUAGCCUAUGAGGAUAUUAUCACCAUCAACCUGGUAACGUGUCGGGCGAUUGGAAUUGGGGCCUAUCUUGUCCGGCUAGGACAGAGGACUAUCCAAGUAGAGAACUCCCAUAUAAUCCUGACUGGAGCUGGAGCCCUCAACAAAGUGCUCGGACGGGAGGUGUACACCUCAAACAACCAGCUGGGCGGGGUCCAGAUCAUGCACAACAAUGGCGUGACGCACAGCACUGUGAGUGAUGAUUUUGAAGGCAUCUACACCAUUUUGCAGUGGCUGUCCUAUAUGCCCAAGAGUGUAUCCAGCCCAGUGCCUACCCUCACCGUCAAGGAUCCUAUAGACAGGGUCAUUGAGUUUGUUCCCACCAAGACUCCCUAUGAUCCCCGCUGGAUGUUGGCUGGACGUCCUAGUCCCACUCAAAAAAGCCAGUGGUUAAGUGGUUUCUUUGACAAGGGAUCAUUCCUAGAGAUCAUGCAGCCCUGGGCACAAACAGUUGUGGUUGGUAGAGCUAGACUGGGAGGAAUACCUGUAGGAGUAGUUGCCGUAGAAACCCGAACAGUGGAGUUAAGUAUCCCUGCUGAUCCUGCAAACCUGGACUCUGAGGCCAAGAUAAUCCAGCAGGCUGGUCAGGUGUGGUUCCCGGACUCUGCCUUUAAGACUGCUCAGGCUAUCAAAGACUUUAACCGGGAGGGACUCCCUCUGAUGGUCUUUGCCAACUGGAGAGGCUUUUCGGGUGGAAUGAAAGACAUGUAUGACCAGGUGCUGAAGUUUGGUGCCUACAUUGUGGAUGGCCUAAGAGAAUAUAGACAGCCAGUGCUUGUGUACAUCCCGCCCCAAGCCGAGCUGAGAGGAGGAUCCUGGGUCGUGAUUGAUCCCACCAUUAAUCCCCGACACAUGGAGAUGUAUGCAGACCCAGACAGCAGAGGAGGAGUUCUGGAGCCAGAAGGGACAGUAGAAAUCAAAUUCCGCAGGAAAGAUUUGGUGAAAACAAUGAGACGAGUGGACCCAAUCUACAGUCGUCUGGCAGAGCGACUAGGCACCCCGGAGCUAAGCCCCGCUGAGCGGAAGGAGCUGGAGACCAAGCUGAAGGAACGGGAGGAAUUCUUAAUUCCCAUUUACCAUCAGGUAGCGGUGCAGUUUGCUGACUUGCAUGACACGCCAGGCCGGAUGCAGGAGAAGGGUGUCAUUACUGAUGUGCUAGAGUGGAGAACCUCCCGUACGUUCUUCUACUGGAGACUAAGGCGCCUUCUGCUAGAAGACUUGGUCAAGAAGAAGAUCCACGAUGCCAAUCCUGAGCUGACAGAUGGACAGAUCCAGGCCAUGCUGAGGCGCUGGUUCGUGGAAGUCGAGGGGACAGUAAAGGCGUACUUAUGGGAUAACAAUAAGGAUCUAGUGGAGUGGUUAGAAAAACAGCUAACAGAAGAAGACGGCAUUCGCUCAGUUGUGGAUGAAAACAUCAAAUACAUCUCCAGAGACUACAUCCUCAAACAAAUACGCAGCUUGGUGCAGGCCAAUCCUGAGGUUGCCAUGGAUUCCAUCGUCCACAUGACCCAGCAUAUAUCCCCUACCCAGCGAGCGGAGAUAGUGCGUAUUCUUUCAACAAUGGACUCGCCUCCUUCAACAUAAGAGGAUCCUUGGUCUGCUCAGUUGUGACCCCUGUACUGAGAAGAGGAAGCAAAAAGAAGGAUGGUAUUUUUAAUUUUUAAAAUCAGACUGACUGGAGGGAGCACGCUCUCUGGCCCCAAAGACAUAAGGAAAACAAACUGCUGAAGAAUUAACUUAUGGAUGUCUAACUGUACCUUAUUUAUUUAACAAAGUGACUGGACCAAUGCAUCAGCUAGCCGUCUGGCUGCCCUCUGAAAGCAGUAGGAAAAGACAAUGAAGGGUACCCUGGUACCAUGAGGUCUUAGAGCAGCAAAGUAGGGGCUUUCUUACAAUAUGCCACUCUCCCCCUGCAUCGUUCUAGUCCUUCCCCUCCCCGAAUCUGGUGAUGGUGGUCUUGUUUCAGUAGACGAAUGUGCCAAGAGCAUCAGGAGGCACUUGCUGCACCAGUGGAGUGCUGGCUGGUCAAGGGUUUGUUAAACACACACGGGACGAUACUACAAAGAAAUGGGAAAAUGGUGUUCGUGGUUCUGUUACAGUGGGGAGGAGCUAAUCCUCCCCUCUCCUCUCCGAUGGUCACAGGUUUCACUACAUGUCAGUCUUGGUGGUUUACUUAGUACUUGUUGUUUCAGUAUUUUCAUUCCAGGGGCUAGACUGCAGGCUUUCAUGGUCUCAGAUAGGGCAGAGAUGAAGUAGUAGCCUGUAAAAAGAAAAAUACUUAGGUCACAAAUAUUACUGUUCCUCUCAUAAACUGGAUACUAGAUGUAUGGCAAACGUUAGCUUUUUCUAUCAUAUGGGUUAAUUCCAAUCCCACCGAACUCUGGUCCCCUCUCUCGUGUGGCUGCAGAACGAUAUUUAUAUUCUAUCUGCACGUUCACAGGCUGUAGUUAAGGUUGAGUUGGCAAUUCCGUUACUUAUUCAUUCUGUCUCACCUAGUGUAGGGAGCAAACUCUCCUUCCAUAAAGAUGGGAGAAAGUGGCAAUAGUUAGUCACAGAAAUACUGAAAUUAAAACCAGCUUGCUGUCUCAAUUUUUUGUACUUUUGUUACCGAAAGUGAUGUUUUUAAAACAAAAAAUUCACCUGCUCAGGCUCUCGUGUGGACAGAGGCAUUUCGGCGCUUGGUAGAAAAAUGGGAGUCUGGGUAAUAUUUGUAAAGAAGCCUCUUUUUUUUGCAUGUGUUGUAACUUUUCCCCCCCUUAAAUGUGUGGGAGUUCUCCAUCCAUGUACUGAGGUGCUAACUACUAUCCCCCAUGGACUCGAUUGCUGUUACGGUAAUAGCACCAGCUAUUCAAUCAAUACUACACUACAACAAACCACAGUCACCUGGUUGGUAGGUACAGAAUCCACAUCAACAAAUUAGGUCGGUUAUUUUCUUUCUUGUCUACACCACCAAAUAACGAAUACUUAUAUCUAUUGUUCAUAUGACAGACUGACAUGGCUAAGUGGGCUGCACUUUAUCCCUAAACUUUCUUGGAAAGUUUUUUUUUAAAGGAGGAGUUAAGUUUUACACAAAACUAUGUCACUGACCAGAUCAGAAUCAUUCAAGGAAAAUGUAAACCUGAAAUUCCCAGAAACAUUCUGUUUAACAAUAUGUAUGCAGUAAGAAUUUAAUCAGUGGGAGUUCUGCACAAAGAUUUUAAAGUGCUUUAGCAGCUAGGUUGAUUUUUCCCCCAAAAAACAAGGCUGUAGUUUUUACUGAGGGGUCCUGGUGGUGACCCCCCUCAGUAAAAGCACAUCUAGUCUUAAUUAUUUUCAUAAGACAUAGGUAUCGAUGUGAAAAGUCGUAUCGAAGUAGUCACAUCACUGAGGGCUUGUCUAUACUUACCCGAGGGUGGCGAGUGAUGCAUCAGCGGUCGAUUUAGAGGGUCUUCAUUAAACCCACUAAAUCGACUGCCAAUCGUUCUCCCGUUGACUCCUGUACUUCACCUGAUCAAGAAGAGUAAGGGGAGUUGACGUCAUGUGGUGUGGGCCCCACUACGUAGACAAGGCCUAAUUGUCUGAUUGCCUACAAGUUUUCUUUUCAUAAUAGAAAAUCUGAAGUAACAGUAUCAAAUGUAAUACAUUAUAAUUGAUCUAUUUAAAUUUAGAGUGACUGUUUGUCCCAUAGCUAGUGUCAAACAAUAUUAGAGUGAUGCUGCUUCAGUAUUAUCACGUCCCAGCAGUGUCAGAAACGGGUGCAAACCAUAACAGGAAGGGUAGUAUUAGCAAGCUUAGUUUUUGCUAAAACUAAAAAUUAACACUCAACUUUGAAGCAGCCAUUGUGCAAAGGAGGUGUUGACCAGACCCUCCCUCUUAACCAUCCCAAAGACCUGAACCCUUUGUCAGGGCAAGUGAACAGCUCCAAGUGCAGCCAGAUGUGUGAUUUGUAGCACAUGUAAGCUUUAAACUAGCUAGAGGGCUAAAAAGAGUUUAUAUUCCUGCUGCUACUUUUAGCAAGACAAUACAGGUGUGUCUACAUAAGCUGCAUCUGACCCCACCCCACCUGCAAUGACGACAGAGCCUUCCACGGUGAGCACAAAUUCUCUCAACUACACCUGAACCAGUACGGAUUUACGGUUGUAGCAAGACUUCGUUGGUGAAGCUCUCACACAUAAACCUUUCACCAAGAGUUACUGAGUGGGGAGCCCUGAAAUUCAAUCUGCUUGUGUUACUGGCACUCUGAUGGACUUAGCAACCGUAUAAAAAGAGCUGUACGUACCGUAAUCAGUUGAAUCCACCCAUUCUCACGCAUUAAAAACAUUUCUCUCGUAGAGGAUUCUGGAGCCUUUACGGGGUCUCACUGCUAAGUGUGUGAAUCAUUGCUCCAUCAGUGUUGAGAUAUUAAAAUAAGAGCCCCCCCUUUAAGAGAUUAGGGAGAAACACUUUUCCAUCCCACCCACUCAUAGACAAGCUAGUGCAGCUUUGAGGAGCCUUGAAAAUGUUUGACUCAAAGUACGUAAGCGGAAGAUGCUUGUAAGCAUUACAACGCUAGGGUGCUUCAGUGCUGAUCUUUAUACAGGUUAGCGUAUGAGGUAAAGCUGUUAAAAGUUAACCAGCUUCUAGACCAGCAUGUGCUAUCUCUUCCAUUCUGACCCUAAAAGGCUAGUGCCUUCCUUCCAACUCUCCCUGACUAGGAGAUUUUGACAAGCAGCCGGACGCAAAUUAUUGAAAGGGGUAAGGGGCUGGUUUUGGCUUAACUGUCCUUUGAAUGAAAUGAGCAAUUCAUAAAAAACCGACCUGGGUUUAAUAGUAAAUGCUUCCAACCUGCAAACAACCCUACUAUUAAUGUCUUAAUUAAACUUGAAGCAUCACAUAAAAGCCACUUGUGAGGAGCUAGGCACAGACCUUGCCCAGCUUCAAGCUCCACUUUUCACGUUGAGUGGGACAGCCAGUCAACCCAGAGGCUAAGACCUUCUAGUAACACUACCAGAAAACCAAGCAUACUGUACAUGCUAAGUCCUGCUGUAUGUCUUUAGUUGCUGUACUGUGCAGUUGGGAAAGGAGGCACCCUGAGUAAAAAUCAAACCAUGGCCAUGUUACUGCUGGACAUCUAUGGUACUUGCUGAUUUAUUUCACUUACCUCAAGUUUCUUUUAAUAAAAAGAAUCCGUUUAAGACUA